AUGCAUCGGGACAUGUACCAAACCCCGCAGAUGUUAAAAGAGUCCUGCGUCUACCAGAGAGCACCGCAGGCGGCGGAGGACUUCAGCCCGCCGCCUUGCCUCUAUAUGAGCCGGCAGGUGCAGUCCGUCUACUCGACGCCCUCCGUGGGAGCCCCGGAGACCACCGCCAACCUCCCGGACGCCGCCCCGGCGUACAGCCUCCCGCUGAGGGACGAUGUCGGGAUCCCGCUGCUGCACCACCACCACCACCAUCCACACCCGACUCCUGGGCCCCAGCACCCGCAGACGCUCCCACCCGUCGCGGCCUACGUGGAGACGGAGGAGCAGAGCAGGUCUUACCUCCCUUUUCCCUGGAUGAAAACCACCAAGUCCCACUCCCACGCUUGGAAGGGCCACCAGUGGACAGGUCCGUACGUGAUGGCGGAGGCCGAGGAGAACAAGCGUACGCGCACGGCCUACACGCGUGCACAGCUGCUGGAGCUGGAGAAGGAGUUCCUGUUCAACCGCUACAUCUCCAGGCCCCGCCGCGUGGAGCUGGCCCUCACCCUCAGCCUCACAGAGAGACACAUCAAGAUCUGGUUCCAGAACCGCCGCAUGAAGUGGAAGAAGGAGGAGGACCGCAGGAGGACCAGGAGGGGAGAGCCGGACCAGGACUCGUCUGUCACCUCGGGGGAUCAUGACGGGGAGGCCUCGGCCGGGGUCUCGCCUCCGCUCUCCCCACAGAUGCACGGUCAUGCCCUGCAGGCCUCUGACCUCAGAAAACUUGGACCGUGAGAAGACACUGUAGGGACCUUUUCCAUGCAAAUAAGAUGGAUUUUAUCAACAGGACCAGGCUUUUUUUCUUCGAUUGCAGCCAACUUUGGUGCACAAAAGACAUAUUUUAAUCUAUUUAAUGUAAUAUACCUUCCUUUUCUCUUCUCACUUGUACAUAUUGCUGUUGUACGUGCUGUGUAAUCACAGAGCUUCAGUAGUGGCGUUCUUAUCACAUUAAAACA